AUGGACCCUCUUUCAUCAUCUUUCCUUUCAACUGGCUCAACCCGACCACCACUACCACUGUCGUUAUCGCCACCACCUUCUCCGUUUCGUAUUGUGUCCGUCCGAAACGAAGAAAAGCCGCAAACCGUCACAAGCACCACCAAGAGGUCUAGUCAAGAUCGGUCGAAAUGGCCAACAAUCACCUCGAACAAUAAGAAACGCGUUAGAAAAUCAGUGAAGAUCGAUCGGUUGCUACUUUCCAUGAUCUUCAAUGCAUUUGAUGAUAUCAUAAACAAGUUCAUAGAUCCACCAAUUCGGGAUUCGGUUAACCCACGGCAUGUCUUGUUGGAUAACUUUUAUCCGGUUGACGAACUCCCUCCUACCGACUGUGAAGUCAGUGAGGGUAUGCUUCCGAGUUGCCUUGAUGGGGUUUACUUUCGCAAUGGCCCUAACCCGCAGUUUCUACCACGAGGUCCUUACCACCUUUUCAAUGGCGAUGGCAUGCUCCAUGCUAUUCGUAUCUCUAAAGGAAAAGCCACGUUAUGUAGCCGAUAUGUGAAGACAAACAAGUAUAACAUAGAGAAAGAUGCAGGGUUUCCCAUGAUCCCAAAUGUUCUUUCCGGUUUCAAUGGUUUGACCGCCUCUGUUGCUCGGAUGGCAGUCGCAACAUUGCGGGUUUUGGCGGGCCAUUUUGAUCCGUCUAAAGGUAUUGGCUCGGCCAACACUAGCUUGGCAUUUUUUGGCAAUAAGCUGUAUGCUUUAGGUGAAUCAGAUCUCCCUUAUGCCAUUAAGCUUGCACCCGAUGGUGAUAUAAUCACCCUUGGUCGCCAUGACUUCGAUGGCAAGCUUUCCAUGAGGAUGACGGCUCAUCCGAAAAUCGAUCCAGUAACCAAAGAAGCUUUCGGUUUUCGCUACAGUUCGAUAUCGCCUUUCCUGACAUUUUUCCGGUUCAAUGAAAAGGGAGAGAAACAUGCCGAUGUCCCGAUCUUCUCAAUGAGAAGCCCAUGUUUUCUCCACGACUUCGCCAUCACCAAAAACUACGCCAUUUUUUCAGAGAACCAGCUCAAGAUGGAGCUAUUUGGCAAUGGACCCCUGAUCAAGGCAGACCUCAGGGAAGUGCCUAGGGUUGGGGUGAUCCGCAGGGAUGCUAAGGACGAGUCGAAGAUGAAAUGGUUUCAGGUGUCAGGGUGGAAUAUCCUGCACACCAUCAAUGCAUGGGAGGAGGACGGCGGAGAUACGGUGGUGAUGGUGGCGACUAACAUAUUAUCGAUUGAGCAUCUGUUGGAGAGGAUGGAUUUGAUGCAUCCAUCGGUAGAGAAGCUAAGGAUCAAUAUAAAGACGGGGAUGGUAACAAGACACCCUCUUUCAGCUCGCAAUCUAGAGUUAUGCGUCAUCAACCCGGCUUUUGGCACAAUAAAAAACAGGUAUAUAUAUUGUGGUAUUGCAGAUCAAACGGCUAAGAUUUCAGGGGUCGUCAAACUGGAUAUGGCAUUAUCAGAAGUUCAUCAUCAGGAAUGCAUAGUGGCUUGUCGGAUGUUUGGGUCGGGUUAUUUUGGCGGUGAACCGUUCUUUGUGGCUAAGGAACUUGAUAACCCUGAUGCCGAUGAGGAUGAUGGGUACAUAGUUUCUCUUGUGCAUAAUGAGAACACAGAUGAGUCGAGGUUCUUGGUGAUGGAUGCCAAGUCUCCGACCCUUGAGAUCGUUUGCGUCGUGAAGCUACCUCACAGAGUGCCGUAUGGCUUUCAUGGUCUCUUUGUUAAGGAAAGUGAUAUUAAGAAGCUAUGAAAAUGAAUCAUCCAUUUCUAUUUAAUCUAUGCAAUUUGUAUAAA